AUGGAUUUGAGUAUUGUUAACAAUGAUUAUUAUUUAUCAGGCAUGGCUGCAUUAGUUGGUGAUAUUGAUAAACAGUUAAUGAUUAUGUUAAGAGAUGGUCGAACACUUAUUGCUUAUUUAAGAAGUCUUGAUCAGUUUGGUAAUCUUGUACUUCAUCAAGCAUUUGAACGUAUUUGUGUUGGUCGUCAAUAUGCAGAUAUACCACGUGGUUUAUUUGUAAUUCGUGGUGAAAAUGUUUUACUUAUUGGUGAAUUAGAUUUUCAUCAACCAAUACGUGUUCAACUUGUUGAAGUAACAAUUGAAGAAAUACUUAAAUUACAAAAAGAAGAUAUUGAAAAAAAGGGACGUAUAGAAAAACUUCGACAAAAAGCAAUGAUUGAACAUGGUCUUAUUGAUGAAGGAAAUCCAAUUGAAGAGCACUAUUAA